AUGGCUCUUCAACCACAAGAGAAAUACGAAGAUCUUUUCAAUUUAUAUGCUGAUACUAGUGUUGAGACUUCUCAAUACUCUGAAAAUACUAUAAAAAAUUCCGUAACAGAAGUUACUUUUAGUCAAAUAACAGAUAUCGUUAGUGAUGAGUCAACAGCACCAUCUUCAUCAAAUAAUAAUCUAUUAUCUGAUAUCGAAGAUUUCAAUGAUAUUGAUAAAAGUUUUUCAAAUGCAUCCGAUAUCGAAUAUAACAUUGAAAAAUUGCUGAAAAAUCAAGAGUUUAAUUUCAUAGAUUUGCCGUGCGAUGAAACGACUAAGUGGUUACCAACAGAAUUAGAUAAGAUCGAGUUGGACAACAUCGAUAAAUCGAUUCAGGAUCGAGAAAUGAGCGUUGAAACUCAACCACCAACCAACAUUCGUCGACGAUAUCGAAGUGAUGGAAAACGUCAGAUUGAAAAAUCUCGUACUAAGCCAAUGGCAAUCAAAUUGCCAAAUUUAAAAAAUUGUACAUUAAAUUCAAAUCAAUCAUUUUGGAUUGAAUUAAUAUUAAUAACUACUCAAGAAAAUCCUGCCAACAAAGUAUUUAUUCAUAUCGAUCAAAUAGAAUAUCAUGCAAAUAAUGUACCAGAAUGUGAUCAUGGAUAUGUACGAAUUCCAUUAACCGAAAUAGAUAUUCAAAUGGGAAUAAAACAACUAGCCCGUGUAUCAAUCAUCAAAGAAAAAUUAGAAGCAUAUACAUUUGAAUUAAUACCAUUCAAUCAUUCGUCAAUAGAUAAUUCAGUUGAAAUAUAUGAAAAUGAAAAUAUUAAAUCAUUUAUUAAAAAAGCAAAACUUUUUCGUGACACAUACAAGUUAACAUCAAGUCGUAUUGCUUGUCAAUUACUCAUUAAACAAAAUGAAACAUGGCAUAUGACAAAUAUUGUAUGUGAAACAGAUGUUAUGAAAGAAAUAGAAAAAUCCAAAAAAUCAAAUAAGCGAUCAAAAUCUUCUAAUAUUAGAGAUGAUGAUGAUGAUGAUGAUGAUGAUGAUGAUGACGAUGAUUAUUCAGUUCAUUGUCGAAGUUUGCCCAAGAAACGAAAACGAUCUUCACCAUCAAAGAAAAGUUUACGGGUAACACGAGUUAAAAAAUCAUUCAAAUUCUUAUAUAGUGAAACGAUCGAUAUGGCUUCUCAGCCACCUGAUUUUUGCGAGGAUGAAACAACAAAUAAUUUUAUCGAUUUUGAUCAAAUUUUAAAUCCUCCACAUGGUUUUUGUAAUGAAUACGAAAUUUUAUUUUUUAGUGGAGGUAUUGGAACAUUAAAUACACCUACACUUGAAAUAGCUAAUCCACUGAUUCAAUGGGCACAAGCAAAACACGUCAAUGAUAACAAUGGUUGUCAAGAACUUUCUUCAUUACCCAUUAAUCAAGAACUAACAGUUCCAAGUCAAAAUACAAACGAAGAAAUUGAAUGUAUACCAUUAGAUGUUCAAGGUAACGAUAAUGAUAUAGAAAAUAAUUCACAUCAACAGUUGGAUGCAUACGAGGAAGAACAAGUACUACAAUCCAUCUUACAAAAUAUAAUAAGCAACGAAGAAUCUAAUACAAUGGAUGCACAAGCAGUUGUAAAUGCUAUCUAUAGCUAUAAUAAUCCAAUCAUGCGAAUGCAUACACAACCGGUUGAAAGACAUCGUUUUCGUUAUCGUUCUGAUGGAAUUCGUUAUUUAGAACAAUCUCGUCGUAAUCCAAUGUGUAUUAAAUUACCUAUAUUGCAUGGAUGUUUAAUAAAAGCAAAUCAAUCAUUUUGGCUUGAACUUACAAUAGUCACUACGAAGGAAAAUCCACAACGGAAAAGAUUUAUUCAUCAACAUGAAAUGAUCAAUAAUGAAGCAAAUGUACAACAAAAUGGUUUAGGUUCAUUUCGUGUUUUAUUAACAGAUGAAGAUAUUCGUCGACGAAAAAAAAUAUUUCGGCAUUUAUCGAUAAUUAAAACAAAACUUGAUGAUUAUAUAUUUCAAUUAAUUUCAUUUGAUCCUUUGAUAGAAGAUAAUCAUGUGGAGUUUUAUACAUUGCCAAAUGAAGAACAUAUGACAAAAAAACAAAAAGCAAAAUGUUUUGAUCGAGUAUAUCAUACAGACAAAUAUCAAAUUUUUUGUCAAUUAAUGAUAAAACAAAAUGAUCAAUGGUAUAUGACACCUAUUUAUUGUAAAACACAUGAAAUUACAGACAUUUAA